GUUUCUUUUCGAUUAUUUAUUUUAUCUACGAUUACUAAUAAUAUCAAAAUGCAAAACACAAAAAAUACAAAUGAAUGGGUUAAUUGGAUUGAAGAAUCUAUAUCUAGGGAAUAUUAUAGAUUUUAUGAACAUGAACAUUUUAGUAAUAUUCAAAUAAUUGGAACUGGAGGGUUCGGAAAAGUUUAUCGUGCAAGCUGGAAAAAUUCCGAACAAUAUUUAGCGUUGAAGUCUUUUUUUAAUAUUGAUAACGUCACUGCAAAAGAAAUUGUUCAUGAGCUUAAGCUUCAGCGUGAUAUACAAUUUCAUAAUAACAUUAUUAAAUUUUAUGGAAUUGCAAAAUUUGAUCCAGAAAAUGAUAACGUUCAAUCAAAAAAUUAUUUACUAGUUAUGGAGUAUGCUGAUUCUGGUCCACUUAAAAAUUAUUUAAAGGAAAACUUUAAUAUUCUUACUUGGAACGAUAAAUACAACUUAGCAUACCAAUUAGCUUGUGCCGUGUCAUGUAUACAUAACGAAGGCAUCGUGCAUCGUGAUUUGCACUCUGGCAAUGUUUUGGUCCAUCAAAACACUAUUAAGUUGUCCGACUUUGGGUUGUCAAAGAGAAUUGAAUCAUCAUCCAAUACACAAUCAAAACUUUUUGGAAUAAUUCCUUACGUUGAUCCAAAAAAAUUUAGUGGACGAAGAAGGAAUAGAAACUCAACACAAAUAUUCUCAUUAAAUGAAAAAAGCGAUAUCUAUAGCAUUGGUGUUUUAUUCUGGGAGAUAUCUAGUGGUCAACCUCCCUUUUAUACAGAAGGUGAACAAUAUGAUGUUGAUUUAGCAAUAGAAAUUUCACAAGGUCUUAGGGAAGAACCUAUCCCUAAUACACCAGAAGAUUAUAUUAAAAUUUAUACUGAAUGUUGGAAUGGUGAACCAGAUAAUCGUCCAACCAUAAAUCAAGUUGUAGAAAGAUUAAAGGAAAUUAUAGCAAAAAUGAACAUAACAACAGAAAAUAAUAUUAGCGCUUCUUUGAAUACUGAUAAUUCGUUACAUGGGGAAAUGUCUCAAAUUAUUCAAAAUUUUAAUAAAAUGAAUACAAAAGAAAUUGUACCCGCAAAUAAUUCAUUUGAAAAAGUUAAUGAUAUAGUAAAUUAUAUUUUUGAAAUAGAUAAUGAAGGAAAAGUAUCUACAUUAUUCAAAAAUAUUAAAAAUAUUCUUGAUUAUUUUAACGAUAAUAAUAUAGAUUCACGAGAAAUUUACGAUUGGUUAUUAAUUAAUCAAAAUAAUUCAGAUUCUAUAUUCUUACUUGGAUAUUUUAAUUAUUUAGGAAUUGAAACAAGAGAAGAUAAUAAGAAAGCAUUUGAUUUAUUCAUUAGCGCAUCAGAACAAGGUCAUACAUUAGCACAAUUAUAUGUUGGAUUAUGUUAUCAAUUAGGCCAUGGAACUACAAAAGAUGGAAAGCUAUCUUUAAAAUAUUACGAAAAAAUAGCAAGUAUGGGUUGUGCAUCAGGUUUAUUAAGAGUUGGAUACUGUUAUUAUCAUGGAAUUGGGACUAGUGUUAAUUAUCAAAAAGCAGUUAUGUUAUAUAAACAGGCAGCAAAUUUAGGAAAUUAUACGUCUCAAAAUAAUCUCGGUGUCAUGUAUGAAGAAGGAAAAGGAGUUGAUAAAGAUUAUGACAAAGCUUUUGAAUUAUAUUACAAGACUGCAAAUUCCGGAUUUAGUAUAGGUCAAUAUAAUCUUGCUCGGAUGUAUUAUAAUGGAAGAGGAGUUGAUAAAGAUUAUGAAAAAGCUUUAGGAUUAUAUUACCGAUCGGCAAAUUCAGGUUAUAAUUUAGCUCAAUAUAAUAUUGCUGUUAUGUAUGAAUAUGGAAUAGGAAUUAAAAAGGAUGUAAAUCAAGCGAUUUAUUGGUAUGAGAAAUCCGCUGAACAAGGAGUUCAAGAAGCUCAGGACAAACUAAAAGAAUUAAAAUAUAAAUAAUAAACUAAGUUACUUUUUAUUUAAAUACAUUAUUAAUUAUUCUGUUAAUUAAAUGGUGCAUGUAUAUUAUUUAUUAAAAGUACUACAAGAUGAAAAAGAUGACUCGCAUAUAUAAGAUUAUAUAUUUAAUUACUACAACUACAAUGCAGUUGUGACUACGAGUACAUGAUAUCACGUACUCACACGUAGUCAUAGAUAUCACGUAGUCAUAGACUCAUGUAAGAACAAUACUGCAAAGCGACUACAUUAUACAGUACAAAUAGUAAAUUUUACAAUUACAUAAAUUUAUUUUUACCUACAAAAAUGUCACGAAAAAUCACGUGACUGUUUUUGUCACAUGCG